UCUUCACAAGGGAAUAACACGGAGGCAGUGAGAAGUCUCUUAUAACGCAGAGCAGAGGAGCAGAUGAAUGUUUAAAUAGAAGGAGCCAACAUGAAGACAGCUGCCAAGGGUUUCGGGAAAUCUGUGAUGGACCCUUCGCAUUGUGAGGGUUGGUGGAACAGAAGGAUAGUGCUCAUGCUGUAUGUGGCCUUGGAGCUUGUAACAGUCCAUUCGACCGUUGUCCUCGGGACCCUUGAGCUACAGCUAGAUGAAGAACAACCAGCCGGCACCAUUGUGGGUGAUAUCAGUGCUGGACUUCCUCCGGGCAUCACAGCAUCUUUGUACUUCAUCUCAGACCACGAGGGAACAGGUGUUGGCACAGAUUUGGACAUAGAUGAGAGCACGGGCAUUAUUAAAACUGCCAAGGUUCUUGACAGGGAAGUGAGGGAUCGAUACAACUUCAUUGCCGUCACUAUGACGGGGGUGACCGUGGAGGUGACCAUCAAGGUGAAUGACAUAAACGACCAUGCCCCAAUGUUCUCAAGAAAGCGUGCAAUGUUUAAGAUCCCCGAGCAGACAGCCAUCGGAACUAGGUUUUCUCUUGACCCGGCUGUGGAUGCAGAUAAAGGCCUGUUUACUACACAGGGUUAUCUUAUAAAAGAUGGAAAUGUUGGCCAGACCUUCACCUUGGAAACCAGGAGGGGAAGCAAUGGCGUUCUCUAUCUGGACCUGGUGGUCAAUGCCAUUCUAGAUAGAGAGAAAAGAUCUACUUACACAUUGUCCUUGGAGGCCUUUGAUGGCGGUUCACCUAAAAGGACUGAUCAGAUGACAUUAGAUAUUACUGUGCAAGACAUUAAUGACAACGCUCCUGUUUUUAAUCAGAGCCGCUACCAUGCCAUAAUAUCUGAGAACCUCCAACCGGGAAGCAACAUCCUGCAGGUGUUCGCCACAGAUGCUGAUGAAGGUGACAAUGGGAUGGUGCUGUACGAGAUCAACAGGAGACAAAGUGACCCUGACCGCUAUUUUGUCGUUGACUCUCGAACGGGCGUCAUCACACUCAAUAAACCACUGGACUUUGAGAUGAGGAGAGUCCAUGAGUUGGUGGUGCAGGCGCAAGACAAUGCAACGCAGCCAGAAGUGACCAAUGCCUUUGUCACCAUCCAUGUCAGAGACUACAAUGACAACCAGCCCACGAUGACCAUCAUCUUUCUUAGUGAGGACGGAUCACCUAGAAUCUCAGAGGGUGCUCAACCAGGUCAGUACGUAGCCAGGAUCUCAGUCACUGACCCAGACUAUGGAGAGUAUGCCAAUGUCAACGUUUCGCUAGAGGGAGGGGAUGGAAAGUUUGGUCUGACCACAAAGGAUAGUAUUAUCUAUCUGAUGUGUGUGGACCAGAUUCUGGACCGUGAGGAAAGAGACACAUAUGAGCUGAGAGUGAUGGCGACAGACUCGGGGACCCCUCCCCUCAGAGCCGAGUCCUCCUUCAUCAUCCAGGUGAUGGACGUCAAUGACAACCCUCCUCUGUUCGACCAGCCAGUGUACAGACAAGUCAUACCUGAAGUUGUGUUUCCGGGGAGUUUCGUGUUACAAGUGACAGCUCGAGACAAAGACCAGGGGCCAAAUGGGGACAUUAACUACAGCAUAUUGCAAGGCCAAGGCGCAUACUCAAGCUGGUUCACUAUAGACGCCAUCACAGGGAUUAUCACCACUCUGUCCCAGCUGGAUUAUGAAAAGAACCCCAAUCCGAGUAUAACUGUGGUAGCCAGAGAUGGUGGGAAACCACCACUGUCCUCCACUGCUGUGGUUAACAUUGUGCUGCAGGAUAUAAAUGACAAUGAGCCCGUCUUUGAGAGAAACUUCUACAACGUCUCCAUCAAGGAGAACACCAUUCCAGGGACCUGCAUUCUUGAGGUGACCGCGACAGAUGCAGAUGGCGGCUCCUUUGGAUCCAUCACCUACUCCCUUGGCUCUGGCAUUAACAGCGCCGUUCCCACCCAGUUCACCAUUGGCAAGGAGACGGGCCAGAUCUGCACCAGUGCUCCGCUGGACAGAGAUCAAGGGCCGUCCGGCUUCGACUUCACCGUUACUGCAGUAGAUGGGGGCGGACUGAGUUCAGUAGCCUAUGUGAAGGUGGAUCUGGUCGACAUUAAUGAUAACAGACCUGCGUUCUACCCCGUCAGCUAUGCUGUUAGUCUGAGCACACAGAGCACUCCCGGGACAUCUGUUGUCAGAGUGACGGCCUAUGACCCAGACUCAGGCGAGAAUGGCAAAAUAACUUACAAGACGGUGCCUGGAGGGGCCUCCCCAUACUUCACUCUCAACAAAGACACAGGCGUGAUCUCCCUGUCUCGGUCUGUCUACGGGAAAGCCAACUCCAUUAUUCCCAUGGUCAUCUCCGCUCAGGAUGGCGGUGGUCUGGUUGCCCUUGUCAAUGCCAGAGUCAACAUUAGUGUGGUGGCUGGGCUGGUGGCGCCACCUGUGUUUGAACAGACACAGUACUACUUCACUGUAUCAGAGGACGUCCUGCGAGGGACAGUCGUAGGUGCUGUCCAGGCCAGCAGUAAGACAGGCACCAACAGAGACGUCUCUUACACCAUCAGCUCUGGGGACCCUGGGGGUUACUUCACAGUGGAUCCCGACACUGGGGUCCUAAGGACGAGUCUGCCCCUGGAUCAUGAAGCCCAGUCUGCACUUGAUUUGGAGAUUCAGGCCCGCAGCGGAAACCCACCAGCCUUUGGGCAGACCCGUGUCCACAUUAACAUCGCGGACAUCAAUGACAACCUGCCCAUUUUUCUUCCCUCGUCCUCAGAGUCCCUGCUGCUGCUCGAGCAUACAGAAAUGGGCACAGUCAUUUACCGGGUGCAAGCUGACGAUCUUGACUCUGGAGUAAAUGGACAACUCAGCUUUGACCUUUCCUCUCCCAGUGCAAUCCAAAGGACCUUCAGCAUAGAUCGCAGCAGCGGAGAAAUCCGACUGGUUGGGAGUCUCAACUAUGAAAUGACCCCUCGGUAUGACCUCCAGGUGAUUGCCAAGGAUAAUGGAGCACCCCAGCUUAGUGCCACCUUCAUGCUUGUGGUACAUGUCCAGGCAGAGAACGACCAAGGACCGGUGUUUGAUACCCUCACCUACCGUGUAGAAUUAAAGGAAGGCAUGCCGAUUAACACCCGCUUCCUCCAGGUCAGAGCCCUGAACAGAGAGACUCCCGGCUCGGGUCACUUCAGUCCUAUGGCAUAUCACCUGCGUCCAGACGGGGAUGCUGCAGGGUUUGGCAUCGCUGCAGACAGUGGCUGGCUGUUUGUGAAGAGUGCCCUCGACAGAGAGGUCAAGGACAUGUAUCUCUUAACAGUGAUGGCGAGCUCAGGCCACGGACAGUUAAAGAAGACGGGCAGCGCGACGGUGCGUAUAUCGGUGACGGACGAGAACGACAACUCUCCGCGCCUCACACAGGAAAGGGUGUUCAUGGCUGUGAGAGAAAACCUGCCCGCAGGAACGGGCUUCGGUCACGUGUCAGCCACAGACCGAGACAGUGGCCAUAACGGACGCCUCGGCUACCGCUUUCUGCACCCUGACCGCCACUUCCAAAUAAACUCCCACACAGGUGAGAUCAGUACAAGGGCGACUCUGGACAGAGAGCAGCAGUCCAGUUACCAGCUGGUGGUGGUGGUGCAAGACGGAGGUUCGCCUCCCCGCAGCGCCACCGGCACAGCCUUCAUCACCGUCCUCGAUGACAACGACAAUGGCCCCACUUUUACCCACAGCCAGUCAGGGAAAAACCUCAUUAUACAGGUGACAGAAGGUCAGUCUUCAGGCGUGUUAAUGGGCUCAAUUCAAGCCAAGGACCCAGAUGAAGGAGAGAACGGCACGGUGUUCUACUCCUUGUCAGGUCCGAGGGCUGAGCGUUUCUCUUUAAACCCAAACACCGGUGAACUGCGUUCGUCAUCUCCCCUGAGCCACUCGGAGCGAGCCGAGUACAGUGUGACGGUGACGGCCACUGACAGAGGACUCCCCCCUCGCAGCACCUCCUGCUCCCUCACCAUUCAGGUUCUCAGCAUUAACAGACCCACGUCCAAAACCAAUUCACUCUCCCUAUCUUUCAACUCUGUGGAGGAAGCCAAGCCUGGAUCUGUUAUUGGUUCGGUUCGUCUCCAUGACAGAGAAACACCAGAGGAAGGAGAGGUGACCUACACGGUGGUUGGAGGUACGGACCGCGAUGGAACAUUUGUCGUAGACCGUCUGACUGGAGACGUGUAUCUGGCUCGCCCCCUUGACUAUGAACGAGAGGCACACUACACCCUGCACAUAGAGGUGGAUGACUUUUCUCAGGCCCCCCCCAGCAGCACCUUGGUCGACCUUGGCAUCGAUGUAGAGGACAGCAACGAUCAUGCUCCUCAGUUCCCUGAAGACCCCAUCACCAUCGUCAUCUCUGAGAGUUUGCAACCUGGUUCUUCCAUCUAUACAUUCCAGGCUAUCGAUAAGGAUGGCAGUGGGCCCAACAGUGAGCUUAGGUACUCCGUUCUCCACCAGUGGCCAAGCACCCCUGGCCUCCUCAACCUGGACCCCUCCACUGGGGUUCUGUCCUUGGGCCAGGAUCUUGACCAUGAAACCACCUCCAACCUGAUUCUGGUUGUGAAGGCAACAGACUCUGCCAUUGAUGUCAGUCAGAGGCGCUGGGGCUCUGUCACAGUAAGGGUCUACGUCACCGAUGAGAACGACAACCCGCCAGUGUUUAGCUCUCCGACAGCUGUCAGUGUAAUGGAAGACCAGCCAGUGGGCUUUGUGGCUUUGUAUGUCAUGGCCAGAGACGCAGACCAAGGAGAGAACGGUAGAGUGACGUACAGCAUCCAGUCAGGAAACACCGGAGGAACGUUCAGUCUGAACCCUAACACCGGCUCUUUGUCGAUCUUCAAACCUCUGGAUCGGGAAGAGCAAGACAUCUUUAACCUCACCGUAAUCGCCGUGGAUCACGGGACACCCCAGCACUCAUCGAGCCAGCUGCUGUGUGUCCAUGUGAUUGAUGUUAAUGAUGAGGUGCCCUGGUUUGAGGAGAGCCAGUAUGAGGCCCAGAUCUUGGAAAACCAGCCUGCAGGAACUAGUGUGUUGACAGUGUUUGCCUCUGAUCUGGACCAGGGAACCAAUGGGCAGGUGACAUACGGCGGCAUCUCAGAAGAGAGUUUCCGAAUUGACCCAGUGACGGGUGUCAUAACCACCAUGAAGUUGCUGGACCGGGAGCUUCAAGAACACUACACCGUGACAGUUUAUGCAAAGGAUGGAGGACUUCUGCCCAACUACGCUAAAGCAACAGUGAGGAUCAGAGUGAUUGAUGAGAAUGACAACCCCCCAGUCUUUGGACGUCUCUACUAUAGCAUAGAGGUGCCGGAAAACCUGGACGCGAUGCCCCUGUUCACCCUCAGAGCCACUGACCCGGAUACAGGAAACAGCGGGGAGAAGAGCUACAGAAUUACAGCUGGAGAUCCAUCAGGAGACUUCCAUUUAGACAGACGGACUGGUGUGCUGUCCACUUCAAAGCCUCUGGAUCGGGAAAAAAGGGCUGGAUACACACUAACAGUCACGGCUCAAGACCAGGGCUACCCUCCCCUCAGCGGCACCACCACUGUGGAGGUUACCGUUCUAGACAUCAAUGACCACAGCCCAAAGUUUCAGAGCAGCAGCUACACUGCAGAUAUUUCCGAAGAUGUUCCAAUUGGCUCAUUGGUUCUGGAGGUGAAAGCCGUUGAUCUGGACCAGGGCCUGAACAGUCAGGUACUGUACUUUCUGAGCCGCGGCUCCAAGAGCAUGUUCAUCAUUGACCAGAACACAGGCCGCAUCAUCACAGCAGCUCCUCUAGACAGAGAGAGAACGGCCUCUUACACCUUUGAGGUGUGUGCUACCGACUCGUCUCCAGCAAACCCACGUAACUCCACUGCUCAGAUGACGGUCUAUAUUCAAGAUGUGAACGACAACACUCCCUUCUUCAUUCAGGAUCCCCUUAUUGUGAACGUCUCCUCCAGCAGUGUGUCUAGCCGUCGGGUGUUAGCCACCAUGCGAGCGGAGGACAAGGACUUUGGGGCCAAUGGCUCAGUUUUUUAUCGCUUUGCCAACCCUGUGAGAGGCUUCACGAUUAACUCGCUGACAGGAGACAUUCAGGCCACAGAGAAGCUGCAGACUUUGACCCAAAGCCAGAGAACCUUGAUAGUUCAGGCCAUGGACCAGGGAAACCCGGCUCAAUCAUCCCUUGGAGUGGUUAUCAUUUACAUUAGGGAACAGAGCUACACAGGGAUUCGCUUCUCACGCACAGCCCGAGAUGUCAGUCUGCAAGAGAACGCUGCUACAGGCACAGUGGUAACACAGACCCAGGCCCGGUACCCUGAUGGCUCCCAAACUGGUAUCAGCUACAGUAUUUUCAGUGGAAACAGAUUACAGUCUUUUGGAAUUAACACCAUUACUGGUGAAAUAUGGGUCCAGAAAUCUGAAGGCAUAGACUUUGAGGAGACCCCGAAGCUACGCCUGGUGGUGAAAGCUGAGACGGCAUCCUCCAGCUCCUACAUGGCUGUCAACUUGAUCCUGCAGGACGUCAACGACAACUUGCCACGCUUCCAACUCCAGAACUACGUAGCCUACAUUAGAGAGGCACAGGGCCACGAUUUCCCCAUUAUCCAGGUUGCAGCAGAGGACUUGGAUCAGGGUCAAAAUGGUCAAGUGACUUACUCAAUCAGAUCAUCAUCGAUGAGUGGCCUGUUUAAGAUAGACCCACUGACCGGCUAUAUCACCACUGCAGCCAUAAUGGACAGGGAGAUCUGGACGCAAACAAAGCUUGUUGUUACGGCAACAGACCGAGGAACCCCGCGGCUCGCUGGCUCCGCCACUCUCACUGUGAUCAUCAUCGAUCUCAACGACAACAGUCCCAUGAUUCCACUGCCCCGGGAGAUCCAUGUGCCUGAGGACACUCUGAUUGGCACAGUUAUCACCCAGGUAACUGGCAAUGAUGUGGAUUCAGGGCCGGCCCUCUCCUACACACUGCACCUGGAUACAAAUAGCCAAGGCAUGUUUGGGAUUCAUCGAUAUGGAGGCGGCGUGUCUCUGACUGGGCCUCUGGACUACGAGGAGAGGACGUGGUACACUCUGACCAUCCGCUCGUCAGACUCUAAACAUCAAAGUGAGGCAAACCUCACCGUGCUGGUGGACGAUGUGAAUGAUAAUACACCCACCUUUACUCAAGACUUUUAUCAGGCAACAGUACCAGAGCACCUGCCAGCAGGCAGUGCCGUCAUCACAGUUACCGCCACGGACCGCGACUCUGGAGAGAAUGGGAAGAUCAGCUACAGAGUGAUGUCAUCAACCAGGGGCAUCUUCUACAUUGACCCAAACAAUGGGACUCUGUUUGUGAACCAAAAAACGGAGUUUGACUUUGAUAAUCCCUCCAUUUUGGUGCUGAUUGAGGCGCGGGACCACGGCACUCCACCUCUUUCAUCCAUUGCCACCAUCCAAGUGCAAGUGUCUGACGUCAACGACAACACCCCCAUCUUCCAUCAGUCAGAGUACAGAGUCACUGUCUCCGAAGAUGGACUUCCUGGAUCAACCGUUCUGAUUUUAGAAGCUGUCGAUGGAGACCUGUCGAGGGACAACUGUGGUUUUGAUUUUGCAAUCGCCAGUGGCAACUCCGGUAAUGCCUUCCAGAUUGAGAGCAGUGUGCGUUUCUUGGAGGGGCAGGGAUUCCAGACAGUUGGCAGCCUGAUUCUGGUGGAAGAGCUGGACUUUGAAGUGGUACCAAGCUAUAACCUGACCGUCGUGGUCUCUGAUCGAGGAAUCCCUCAACGUAGCUCCAGUGUGCCUGUCCUCAUUAGUGUCACCGAUGCAAACGACAACCCACCAAUUUUCAGCAGGGCGGAGUACAGCGUGGCGCUGAGUGAAGCUGCAGCAGCAGGGACGGAGAUCCUUCAUCUGUCUGCCACAGAUCCAGACUCGGCUCCCAAUGGAGAGGUGCAAUACUCCAUAAGCUCAGGAGACGAGACGGACCUUUUCCAAGUGGACCAGUGGACUGGAGCUUUGAGGCUGCGGCGACCUCUAGACAGUGAGAGACAGUUGAACCAUAUGAUUGUUGUUCAGGCCACUGAUGGUCAAGAGCACUAUGCUUUGGCCCCAGUCAGUAUUGAGGUGAAGGAUAUUAACGAUAACCGCCCCUUCUUUCCCCUUAAACUCGUAACUGCGAGCGUCAGGGAAAAUCAGCCCCAGAAUGCCUUAGUCACCAUGCUGCAUGCAAUAGACCAUGACAGAGGUCUUUUUGGACAGUUGAGGUACUACAUGUUAGACAGCUCCAAAGAGGCAAGAGAUGCUUUCCUCAUCGACCAGAGUUCAGGACAAGUGCGGACUCGCUCUACCUUUGACUUUGAGAAAGUAGCCUCGUUCCAAUUUGUGGCCGUUGCCAUGGACGCUGGGAACUAUUCAGCCAGUGUUACCGUGCAGGUUUAUGUAACGGGGGAGGAUGAAUAUGAUCCUGUUUUCACAUCUCCCCAGUUUUCAUUUGAAGUGCCUGAGGGAGCAAAGAAAGGUCAGAUCAUUGGCAAAGUUCAGGCCAAAGAUGAGGACGGAGGCGUGGACGGCAUUGUUCUCUACACUUUAGCAGACACUUCGCCUUAUUUUGAAGUUAACAAAUCAACAGGAGCAAUAUCUUUGAAGAUGGACAGCUAUAGUAGACACAUGAGCCGUUCUAAAAGAGAGCUGCGUCUCAUGACGCUGGACGUAAAUGCUCACAGCCCUCUGGAGGCGUCCCGCGUAGCAGUGGCUAAAGUUACUGUGGAUGUGACCCACACGUCUUUUGGUCUCACCACAGACAUGAAUAUGCUGCUCAUCAGCGUCAUUGCAGUUUCGCUAGGGACCAUAGUCAUUCUGAUCGUCAUAGCUAUGGCACUAUUUUUUAUGAAAUUAAGACGUCAGAAGAGGCAACACAAAGGACAUGGACGAACGCCAACAUCAGGUACUAUGCUGCAUAAGCUCGAGGAAACUAAAAUAACAGCAAAUGAAAUGAUAUACCAUCAAGCCCUUCCUGGAUACACGACUAGUCAAAGUGGCGGCGGCGGUCCGUACACUCGCGGCGGAUCCUUGGAUCCCUCCCACUCCAGUGGGCGUGGCUCAGCUGAGGCAGAAGCAGCAGAGGAUGAUGAGAUCAGAAUGAUUAAUGAAUACCCACGGGUAUCGAGCAUCUCCUCCUCCAUGCAAGAACGUAUUUCUGCCCGAGGUCCAGACUCCGGAAUCCAACAGGAUGCAGAUCAGCUCUCAGACGUUUCCUGUGAGCCCUCCAUUGACUGGUUCAAAGGGAAGAAGCUGGGCAGUCUGAACAGCACUCUAUUAGCUGGUCAGGUGCCAGUCUACAGGGACGAGGGGGGAGGGUACGUGGGUGUUGGACGGGGACUCAGCAUCUCCCAUCCGAAAGAAUAUACUUUCCCCGAGGAUGGGAAGCCUCCUGUUGAUGGCUCCCUGACUGCCAUCGUGGCCAGUGAUGAGGAGAUGAGGGGCAGCUAUAACUGGGACUACCUGUUGAACUGGUGUCCCCAGUUCCAACCAUUAGCCAAUGUUUUUACCGAAAUAGCACGUUUAAAAGACGAAACGGCUCCAUCUCAAUCCCGCAGGUCAUUUCACCACAAGGCAAAGGCCGAGUCAAGAAUCGACCCGCCGCCUCUCAUAACCUCGGUGGCCCACCCCGGGGCCAAAACUGUACCACCAAAACCCGCCGUAGGGAGAACAUUCCCACACUUGUCGUCUUUUCGAAGAUCUCCCCUUAGCGCUGAGGGAUCCAUCUCCUCAGCUGCCAUGUCUCCGAGUUUCUCCCCCUCUCUGUCACCGCUGGCCGCGCGCUCUCCUGCGAUCACACCCUUCAGCGUCUCGCAGGGCCCGUCUGCAUCCAUGAUCAGUGCGACCGAACACCAUUUGGAACACAUCGAGGAGGCAGAACUGAGGAUUUAAACUCUUAAAAAUACUUUCACGGUGAAUAAAAACUGAAUCAUUGCGGUCCCAGACUUAUUCUACUGUAUAACCACAGUGGCUGCAACUUGAAAUCUCGUCUCUUUUCUUAAGAGAACAAGUACACAAGGUUACAAGGAGAAGUUCAAAUAGCUGAAGCUGCAGUGCUUACUGGAAAACUGAACAACAUGACUAACCAUGCAGGACAAAGUGGACCAUGCCUUUUGUGUGUGUGCGUGCGUUUGUGAGAAACUUCUUAUUCCUCUGUUGAUCAGUGUUAAUUUGCACAUUCGAAUAGGAAUUCAUACAUGAUGUCAAUAUUUUGUACAAAAGCCUUGUCUAUAUUUUUAUACUUAUGUGGUUUCUGACAAGAAAUGGCAUUAAAGUGUCAAAAAAAAAAAGGUUGCUCAAAACCUCAGAAUAUAUUUCUAUAUUUGUAUAUUUGUAGCUUGUACUGUAUACAUGUUUGUACUGUAUGUUUGUUUCAUCUCUUGUAAUUAUUUGCCUUGUGGACUCAAAAUGAAGCUCUUCAUUAAUGCUUUAUGAAUUGGGACUUUUGUAACAGAUUAUUGUAAAUAUUUAUAGAAGAGGAGCCUUGAACAAACGAAACAUCAGUCAGAAUAGCAUAUUGUUCAUUCAGGGUUUUCUCCGGAUCCGAUGUUUGAUCUCAUAUCAAAGGUAAACGUGAAUGUGUUUCUAUAAAAGGAAAAUAAAACUUGACAUCUGCUGAUCCUGUUCUUUAGGUUUCCAGGCUUUAAUUUCUCACUUUGAGCCUUACUGCAUUUCAUGUCACGUUGUGGUGAUAAAAUAAUUCACUUGAAACCGAACAUUCAGCAGCUAUGUAAGUAAAAUCGUUUGCUCAAUCAGCAGCCUAAUCAUUCCAGAAAAUGUAAGGUCAUUUAUCCACACACCUAAUUUUACUAAGUACAAAAUGGAAGCCAGUGCCAUCUCCACAGCAGGUUUCUUCAUAAUCUGUCCAGAGCGGUUUGGAUUUACUGACAAAUGUAAUGAAGGUCUUUUAUUUUUACCACAAUUUGUCUCCCUUUUUUUCUUUUAGCACCACAAGAAAAUACUAUAAAAGGACUAAAGGUUGAACAAACAAAUAGUGUAUAUUUGAAUAUGUAUAUGAAUGUUCACACACUAGAGAAUGUUUCCUUGUCAUUGAGAAUAAAUUGUCAUGUAAGUCUUCAGCCAUAAUUCACAAUAUUUUGUACACCGAUGCCUACAACAGAAAUAUAUUCAUGGUUAUAAGAAUUGUAUUUUUGACUUUGGGUACAGAAAAAAAAACAUUGUGUAAAUCUCCAUUAAUGACUACCUGGAGCUCUGUCUCUGCUUAAAUGCUGAUCCCUCUGACAUAUUUUAAUUUAAGUAUUUUGUUUUUGUUCUAAUGCCCUUUUAAAAAGUAUAUUACGCAACAAUAACAUUUUCCAGUAUUUUUAUUUAUUACAUGAACACCUCUGAUGCUGAGAGAUGUGUCAAUCUUUUUUCAAGGGAGCUAUUUAGACCAUAGCCAAAUGAGCAUGAACACUACCUAUUUGAUAUGAUGAGGGUACUUUCUUUUGUUUUUUGUUUUUUUUGGUAUUGUUUUGUGUUGAACAGUGUUACCUACCUUUUGUUUCAUGUUUGUCCAGACUUUGUGUAUAAAUAUGCCAUAAAGAAGAGAAAUUCCCCUUUCUAGGUUUGUCCAGAGAUGUGUCUUGAGCAAAGUGCCUGAUUAAAGUACUUACAUGAACACA